AUGUUUUUGUUCGAUUGGUUCUACGGAAUCUUGGCGUCGUUGGGGUUAUGGCAGAAAGAGGCGAAAAUCUUGUUUCUCGGGCUCGACAAUGCCGGAAAAACCACGCUCCUUCACAUGCUCAAAGACGAGAGAUUGGUUCAGCACCAGCCGACACAACAUCCAACGUCUGAGGAACUUAGCAUUGGCAAAAUCAAGUUCAAGGCUUUUGAUUUGGGUGGCCAUCAGAUCGCUCGACGAGUUUGGAAGGACUACUAUGCCAAGGUUGAUGCUGUUGUGUACCUCGUGGAUGCUUAUGACAAGGAGAGAUUUACAGAGUCUAAAAGAGAGCUAGACGCUCUUCUCUCGGAUGAAGCCCUUGCAGUUGUCCCGUUUCUGAUUCUCGGAAACAAGAUUGAUAUCCCUUAUGCAGCCUCGGAAGACGAGCUUAGGUAUCACUUGGGCCUCACCAACUUCACCACCGGCAAGGGCAAAGUGAACACGGCUGGAGGAGAUUCUGGUGUUCGCCCGCUCGAGGUAUUCAUGUGUAGCAUCGUCCGCAAAAUGGGCUAUGGCGAGGGAUUCAAAUGGCUCUCUCAGUACAUCAACUAAAAUCAUUCUCAUCAUGUCUCUCUUUUUCAUAUAAUCAAAUGAAUACUUCCGUACAAUUUGUCUUUUCUUGACCUAAAGGUUUGCAAAUGAUGAUGAUAUCAUUACACUUUUCCAUUUUAUGUUUUUCUUGUAGUUUUCUCUGUUUCCAAUCCUGUUCAGUGUCUCUGUCCACAAUUUUUGUCAACAGUUUGUGUUCUUACUGAAAUAUUAUCAAGUUAGACCACCAACUUUUUGUAUGCACAACUCACCCUGGAUCAAAUCAACUCAAACUGUCAAAACUGGAUGUUUUCUC